UGAUUAAGCCGACGCGCUGUUCCUUCUAGUGCAUAAGGUAUCAUACAAAGCAAGCUUCUCACGCAAUACCUAUACCACCAGUUUAACCGAAAAUCUACGAGGUCGUGCAAACAGGUCACAGUGCAACAUGGUGCGCAACGUGGUCCUCGCGGCAACUCAGUUCGCGUGCAGCGAGGACAAGGCCGCGAACGUGGCCAAGGCUGAGCAGCUGGUCCGCCAGGCUGCUGCUGCAGGAGCCCAAAUCAUCCUGCUGCAGGAACUGUUUGAGAGCCUGUACUGGUGCCAAGUGCAGGAAAAGGAGUACUUCUCCUGGGCUGCUCCCUUCGAGGGCCACCCUCUCAUCGCGCGCUUCGCCGCACUGGCGCGGGAGCUGCGGGUGGUGGUUGCGGUUCCCUUCUUCGAGCGGGCCAACAACGCGCACUUCAACAGUGUGGCGCUGGUGGAUGCGGACGGGGCGGUGCGGGGGCGCUACCGCAAGUCCCACAUCCCGGAUGGACCCGGCUACCAGGAGAAGUUCUACUUCAACCCGGGUGACACGGGCUUCCGAGUGUACGACACCGCGUACGGGCGGGUGGGGCUGGGCAUCUGCUGGGACCAGUGGUUCCCGGAGGCGGCACGGGCGCUGGUGCUGCAGGGGGCGGAGGUGCUGCUGUACCCCACUGCCAUCGGCGGGGAGCCCGAGCUGCCCGACUUCAACUCCUACCCGCACUGGAUGCGCGUGCAGCAGGGCCACGCGGCCGCCAACCUGGUGCCCCUGGUCGCCUCCAACCGCAUCGGCACGGAGCAGCUGCCGGGCGGCCGCCCCAACACCUACUACGGAGGCAGCUUCAUCGCGGGGGCGCAGGGGCAGGUGCUGGCGCAGGUGGGCGCCGCAGCGCUGCCCGAGGGGCACCCCGCCGCCCGCCCCGACCCCGUGGAGGGCUUCGUGACGGCGCGUGUGGACCUGGACGCGGCAGCAGCGGAGCGGGCGGGCUGGGGCGUGUUCAGGGACAGGAGGCCGGACCUGUACGGCAGCCUGAUGAGCCUGGGGGGCAGCAAGCCGUGAGGGAGG